UAACGCAGGCAUGAAUUAAUUAUAUAAAUUUUCUUUUUUUCUUUUUUUCAGACAACUGAGCAACAGGUCCCCCUUUCUCUGGAAACAUCAGAUGAAGAAGACCAACAAGCAGAAGCAGACGAAAAAGUAACACGCACAAGAAAACCACCUUCAAAAACCACAGAGGCAAUGGAUGAAACUGCACGUGGAUGUAUCCCUCAACAACAUCAUAUCACCGUGAAGAUGUCCUCAAACACGGAACACCAGCGAAUAUAUGAUAAGAAGAAUUACUGCCUUUACUGUGAGAAGCCGUUUGCAAAGAUUACAAGACAUCUGAAGCAAAAGCACUCUGAUAAGGUUGAAGUUGCUAAGGCACUUGCACACAGGCAUGGUUCCACCAUGCACAGUCUUCUGCUGGGGAAAAUAAGAAAUAUGGGAAAUUACCACCAUAACUGUUCAGUACUAUCCUCUGGGAAUGGACUAAUAAUACUGAAAAGACAAGCAACGUAUCUAUCGACAGUAACAGACUAUCUGCCUUGCAAGUUUUGCUUCGCUAUGUAUGUCAGAACAGACCUCUGGAGACAUAAGCGUUGCAAACUGCAAGUGAAAAACGAUGGACCGGUGAAAAGAAAAGUUCAGGCAAGUUGUUCCCUGAUGUUGCCCACGGACACAACAAUUUCCAGCGGACUCAAAGAAAUUCUUCAGGACAUGACAUAUGACAAUGUUACACAAGUGGUGAAAUCUGACGACCUGAUUCUUUCACUGGGAGAAAGAAUGUUCCUCAAAAAUGGAGAAGUUCGACGUCAUCGGGCAGACAUCAGAAACAAGAUGAGGGAACUUGCCAGAUUUCUUUUGUCAGCGCGAAAGAUUGACAAAGACAUUAUCUUUUUGAAGGACCUGAUCAACCCAGGAAAGUUCAACACAGUACUUGAGGCUGUAAAAAGUUUGACUGGGUUUGAUGCAGCGACAAACAGGUUCUCAGUUCCCUCAACAGCACUGAAACUGCGCCACUCCCUUGUGAAGGUGUCUUAUAUUGUGCAAGGAGAGGCUCUGCGUCAAGAGGACAAUGUCUUAAGGGGAAGGGCAGAACAGUUCAUCAAAUUAAUUGAACUAGAAUGGACAACACAUGUGUCAUCCAACGCACUGAAAACCCUGUACCAGAAGAAAUGGAACAGCCCCCAAACGUUGCCUCUAUCAGAAGACAUCAAAAAGCUUCAUGAUCAUUUAAAAUCCCUUGCAGAGUUGAACAAAAAAGCUCUCAUUGACCAUCCAUCACAGAGGUCAUGGAGUGAGCUCUCGCAAGUCACCCUGACACAGCUGAUUUUAUUUAAUCGACGUCGUGAAGGAGAAGUUUCUAGGAUGGAAGUACAGACAUACUUACACAGAAACAAACGCAGUAUGCAUGAUGAGAUUCUGAAGAGCCUGUCACCAUUUGAGAAGAAAUUGUGUGAGAAUCUCAUCAGGGUGGAAAUUCGGGGAAAAAGAGGCCGCAAGGUACCAGUGCUGUUCCCAAGAAACGCACAGGAGUCUGUGGAACUUCUGAUAAAAACAAGAGAUGAGGUUGGAAUUUCCCCAAGCAACCCUUACAUUUUUGCCCGCCCAUAUUAUGGAUCUCUGGAGAACAUUCGUGGAUGUGACAGCUUAAAGCGAUAUGCCGAAAGCUGUGAUGCUCAACAUCCAGAAAACAUCACAUCAACAAAACUACGAAAGCAUGUAGCUACAGUUUCACAGCUCCUGAAUCUUGAAACUCAUGAACUUGACCAGCUAGCAACAUUCAUGGGUCAUGAUAUUGGGGUUCAUAGGGAGUUUUACAGACUUCCUGAAGAAACCCUUCAAAUAGCAAAAGUUAGCAGAAUUCUUUAUGCCCUGGAAGAUGGAAUGGGAAAAUUCAAGGGACAAUCUCUGGAAGACAUUACCCCAAACAUCAAUUAUGAAGAGGAGUUCAGCGACUUAGAUGCAGAGGAUGUCCAAUCUGAGCAGACUGCCACAACAAGUCAAGAAGGCAAGAUUUUCCACUGCAUGCAGUUUUAUUAAUAAAUAUAGACAAAUGUGUGUGACUCUAAAUUAUUUAAUCACAUAAACUUUUUUUUUUCUUUUUCAGGAACCUCAAAGUUUGGACAUUCUGAUGAAUUGGCUACUACCUCAAGACAAGCAAUUGGAGAUAUUCAAAAAUCAAGUCCAACAGGUGCGUUAUUUUGUUGACUUUAAAGAAUAUUCUCUACAUGGAACACCUUGAUAUUUUGUUAAGAAGAAUUAAUAGUGGCCAUUUGCCUUUAUCCAUUAAUUACUUUCUCAAUUUAUUUAUAGCGAAACCCAGAAGACCUUUGUCAAAGACAGAGAGAAAAGCUGUUGAACAUCACUUCAAGGACUUUCUGAAGCAAAGGAAGAUCCCUGGAAAAACAGACUGUCAAAGAUUCUUGAUUGGAAAUCCGAGGCUAAGGGAUAGUGGAAGAGAUUGGAAAGUAGUGAAAUACUUCAUGCACAACAAAAUAAUGUCUAUAAAGAGGAACUUGUGCCAAUAGUAUUAAGACCAAUAAUCUAGAUUAACUGCUGAAUACUGGGAGCUUGCAAUAUGGAGCAUCAAUGUAAAGUGCCUCAAUGCUAGGAGCUCGCAUUAUGGAUCAUCAAUGUCAUGUGCCUGAAUGCUGGGAGCUUGCAUUAUGGAUCAUGAAUGUUAUGUGCCUGAAUGCUGGGAGCUUGCAUUAUGGAUCAUGAAUGUUAUGGGCCUGAAUGCUGGGAGCUUGCAUUAUGGAUCAUCAAUGUUAUGUGCCUCAAUACUGGGAGCUCGCAAUGGAUCAUCAGUGUCACUGGUGGUCCAUGUAAACGGAGCCUCAGUAUUAAGGUUGCAACAUUGUUAGUCCAUGUAAACGGAGCCUCAGUGUUAAGGUUACAUCAUUGUUAGUCCAUGUAAACGGAGCCUCAGUGUUAAGGUUACAUCAUUGUUAGUCCAUGUAAACGGAGCCUCAGUGUUAAGGUUACAUCAUUGUCAGUCCAUGUAAACGGAGCCUCAGUGUUAAGGUUACAUCAUUGUUAGUCCAUGUAAACGGAGCCUCAGUGUUAAGGUUACAUCAUUGUUAGUCCAUGUAAACGGAGCCUCAGUCUGUUAGAACAUGAAGGAAUACAGAUUUACCAAUCUUUUAAAGGGGACCUAUCAUACCACCAGGUGUGAGUGUGAUUAGCCAUUACAAGCCGUUUUCAAAAUGUGCAGCAUUUUGACAUCAUAGGUGGGCGUGUCCACCUAGAUCUUUGCUGGAUAGAUGAGCAACGUUUACUUCAGUCCACUGGGUAGGCUGGUAGACUGAUCUAUCCAGCACACAUCUAGGUGGACACGCCCACCUGUGAUGUCACAAUGCUGCACAUUUUCAAACCUGCUUGUAAUGGCUAAUCACACUCACACCUGGUGGUAUGAUAUGCCCCCUUUAAACAUGUCUUGCACUUGUUUUGUAAAUAUUAUUACGUAAAUAAUAUAAUAGUUAUUUUAAAUAUCUCUUAUUUCAGUUUUAUAUGUAUGUUUCCUGACUUUAGUGAUUUGUAGUACUUGUUUUUAUUUUUAACUUAUACUCUUGCUCUUAUAUUCUUACUCUUACUGUGUUUAAUGUAUACACUGAUAAAUAUAAAACUUUUGCAUUUAACCUGAUUCUGAUUCCUUUUUCACAUGAUAACAAGUCGCUGUUCAUGUCUUUUGUGAAAUUAAGCCAUCCUCUAGCUGACUGGUCCUUUGCCUUCUGGGUAGCCCUUUAUUGAAUACAGUGUCAUACUUGACAAUGGUUAAGCUAUCCAUUAAAGCUGAGCCUUUACAUUCUGUUACAAAAACACACUAACAAAUCAAGUUUGACAAAUUAUUAUUACAUUAGUUGAGAUUACUAUCUUUCCCUUGCAGUAUAUAUAGUUAUUUCCUCUUUUCAUAAAAGCAGGAGUGUGAAUGUCGCUCCAUGCUAUCUAAGAAGGGACUUGUGUCAUUUUGUAAUAGCCAACAGUGGACCCCUGUCAUUAGAAACACUUAUGUUAUGCAAAUCAACAGAUAAAAUGCAUUCCUUUAACCGUAGACUAAGCACACAAGUUUGUAGUUGUAAAAAAAUAAAAACCUUAUUAAGUUUAGAUAUUAGUGUUCAUGACAUUGUUGGGGCAACUUUAAUUGAAAAAUAACACUAUGCAUAUAUACAUACAUAUAUCAUAUUUUAUUUAGAUUGUUAUGACCUCUUAAGAACUAUCCAUUUUGCUUAUUUACUUUUUUACUCAUCCAUGAUGGAGUGUGAAUGUCACUCUUUGCUAUCUAAGAGAGAACUUCUGUCAUUAUGUAUCAGCCAACAGUGGACCCCUGUCAUUCCAUACAGUACAAGUGUGGACCAUUUUCUGUGAUGCAAAUCAACAAUUCAAAU